AAAUAAGGGAGAGAAAGGGAGGAAGUUCACACACGUAUGUCUGUCCGACACAGCCUGGGCCAGAACUCGGCACAGUGGCAAGUCUGUACGUCUGAGCAGUGGCAUAGCAGAGCACAGGGAGCUGCCCAGAGACUGCCUGUCUGCCCGGACAGACAAGGAUAGGGAGGACUCCACUCAACAAAAAUAUGGCUAAAUCUCUACCUUACAUCUGCCUUUUUGGCAUUGUCUCUGGGAUUGCCUAUUCAUCUUCCGCUGCCAGAUUUGGAGAACAGCACCAGACCUUGUUGAAAGUUUGUGCGAAAGGAUUUUUCCUCAGCGAGCAAAACAAAUGCUUGCCAUGUAACUGCAAAGGCCAUGCAACUCACUGUGAGGACAUCACUGGCAUCUGUAGGAAUUGCAAAGAUCACAGUACUGGGGAUUUCUGUGAAAUGUGUGAAGACGGCUACAUGCUGGCACCGAGUCCGGCUGGACGCCAUAGCUGCCAACCCUGCGCUUGCCCUCUCUCUGUGCCCUCAAACAAUUUCGCAGUGCAUUGUAACAGACGCGGUGACGUUCAACGGUGCAAAUGCAAAGAGGGCUAUGCUGGACACAUCUGUGAGAGAUGUGCACCAGGGUACUAUGGCAUGCCGAUGACAAUUGGCGGUUCCUGCAAGCGAUGUGACUGUAAUGACAAUUCUGACCCAAACCUGAUCUUCAAUUGGUGCCACAAUGUGACCGGCCACUGCCAGCACUGUUGGGGCAACACUGCCGGGCCCAACUGUGAGAGGUGUGCUCAAGGUUUCUACGGUGAUGCCAUCGGCGCCAAGAAUUGCAGAGAGUGUGAGUGCAAUGAAUGUGGUACAUCCUCGUGCGAUGACAGGACGGGAGUGUGUCACUGUAAACCAGGCGUCACCGGGCGACUCUGUGACCGCUGUGAGGAGGGUUACUCAGGUUUCUCCAGCUGUCAGGGCUGUCAGAGAUGUGAAUGUGGGCCAGCUUCUCUACGUCCCACCUGCCACCCACUCACUCACAGCUGUUUGUGCCGCCCGGGUGCCGGAGGUCGUUACUGUGAGAGGUGUCUCCCUGGCCAUUGGGACUACAACCCCUCUGGCUGCAAGCGGUGUGACUGUAAUAGCAGCCAUUGUGAUAUGCACACGGGAGAGUGCCUACCAGAGCCUGCAACAGUUAACCUGUGCAAUAUCAGUUGUGAUGAAUGCAUCUGGCAUGUAAUUGGAGACCUGCGGCAGUCCAACAAAACACUCGACCAUUUGAGGGUUGGAGUGUUGAACAUCUCCACUGGGGCUGCUGUUAACGACAGAGUUAAAUACUACAAUUACACAGCUCAUCACCUGCAGAAUCAGUUUCAAGGCUGGAAGAACAGGUUGUCAGCAAUAAAGGCUGAGACUGAGAGGGUGGAAGACUCGACGCAGGACGUGGUCUCAUACAUCCAACAGCUUGAUGAAUCGGAAAGCAAAGCAAGGACUUUGGGAAGCCAGCUGGACAAGAAUACACUGCAGACCUUGACAUUGGCUGACAAUUUCAGCAAAAACCUCACUGAUCUCAACACGCGCAUUGAAGAUAUGAUCAAUGAAUGGGAGAUCUAUAGUGUUUACCAGGAAUUGGACCCCGAGGUGGCCAGACGCAAUACAGAGGAAGCCUUGAGUUUUGUGAGCGAAAUGAGAAAGAUCGACUUGUCUGCACACGGACCCAUCACCAUUGAAGAGUCAACAGAAGCCCACGACUUGCUGAGACGUAUUCGUCAGUUGGAGAAGAAGUCAUUGAUUACACACGGCCAACUCCCCCCACUCAACUUGGCUUUGUCUCGCUUCACUACAAAGCUGUCUGACGCUCAGACCUUCCUCCAGAAAGCAGCCAGAACAAUCGAGGAGACGCAGGACAGGAACAGAGCCAAUAUCCUUAAAUUCCAAAGGAAUGAGGCCAAACAGCAGAGGAUGACGACAGAGUUCCCAGCAAUUCAUAAUACCACACAAGAAGCCAAAGACCUGAUUUCUAAAUCAUACACGACUGUGGCUGAAGUGGAUAUGUUGGUUCAGAACAUUACACACUACCAUGCUGCCAUUGAUGGCGCUGGGCAAAAGCUGAUGGAGAAGAUGGAAACACUCUCAUUGGCUGAUAUGGACUUGGUUCAGAGGGCAGAUGAGCAUGCAGAAGAGCUGGAAAGACAAGCCACCACACUGGAAGAGGAUCUGAGAGAGAGUGAUGCCAAUGGCUUUGUACAGAGGGCCAUCAGUGCCGCCAACGUCUACACUAACAUUGUGAAGUACAUCAACAACGCUAAUAUUACAUCACUUACCACUUUGAACUUGUCCCACACAGCAGAUGAUUCCACCAAGGAGAUCAACAUGCAGCUUAAGGGUCUGGUGGUAAACAGCGACAAUGUGUUCAAGGAGUCUGUUUCAUUGCAUUCUGAAGAAAUAGAGGUAACAGCCGAGGUGGCUGACAAGUUGAAGUUCCUUGAGGAAACGAAACAGACCUUGAAUAAGAACACCAAAAAACUGGAAGAAGUAGUGCUGGACAUUAAUGAGUUUCAGACAGACCGAACCCCUCAGCGACUGGAGUAUACGCUCAAAGUGGCUGAGGAAACUUACAACCACUCAGCAGAAGUGCUUAAGACCAUAACCCCUAUCAGUAACAAAGUGGAGGAAUGGGCCAGUAAUCUGAGCAACAAUAAAUACUCUACCACUGCAUACGAGCAAGCCAUCGUCUCUGCAAGGGAAUCAGUGGAGAACCUAAAUGUUCUUGUUCCUGAACUGUUGGAAAAACUGAAGGUGGUUGAGGACAAGAAGCCAGUGAACAAUAUAACGGCAAAUGUCAUGAGAGUCAGAGAGCUGAUAGCGCAGGCCAAGAGUGUGGCAAAGAAGGUUCAAGUGUCAAUGAAAUUUAAUGGUCAGUCGUCAGUGGAGGUUCAUCCGGACACCAAUCUGGAAGACCUGAAGACAAUGACGUCCAUCAGCUUUUACAUGAGAGUGGACCCAGACAAGGAUCCAAUAGAGGACCGCUUUAUUCUAUAUCUGGGCGACAGAAAGGGUCAGAAAGACUACAUGGGACUUGCAAUCAAGAAUGAUAACUUGGUGUACAUGUACAACCUUGGUGGUGAAUACGUUGAAAUCGCACUGAGUUCGAAACCGGUUAGCCAAUGGCCUGCUGUCUUCAACUACAUUAAAGUAGAGAGGUUGGGUCGACAUGGGAAAAUCUACCUAAUCCUCCCAAGCCAAAGCUCCACGGAUGAACAGAAGUUCAUACAGAAAGGCGAGGCUCCUGGCACCGAUUCACUAUUUGACAUAGACCCAAAAGACAUGGUAUUCUUUGUUGGGGGUGUCCCACCGGAUGCAAAGCUCCCUCCUCCAUUGAGUCUUGCUCCUUUUGUGGGUUGCAUAGAGUUGGCUUCACUUAACAAUGAUGUCAUCAGUCUAUAUAAUUUCAAGAAAACUCACAAAAUGGAUGUGGUUGCAUCCACGCCAUGUUCCAGAUACAAGCUGGCUUUCUCCAAGAGUCGUAUUGCCAGUUACCUGUUUGAUGGAAAAGGCUAUGCACUCAUCAGUAACAUCACACAGAGGGCGAAAUUCGGUUAUGUCACAAGAUUUGAUAUUUCAGUGCGAACAGUUGUGAACAACGGUGUUCUUUUCAUUAUGGUCAAUGCCGAUACAUUCUUUCUUUUGGAAAUAAAAAAUGGAUUCCUGCGGCUUAUGUAUGACUUUGGCUUCAACGAUGGGCCAAAACUUAUGGAAAGUAACAUACCAAAGUUAAAAAUUAAUGAUGCAAGGUAUCAUGAGGUAUCAGUGAUUUAUCAUCAAUCAAAGAAGGUUAUCCUCCUGGUGGACAAGAGUCAUAUCAAAUCUAUGGAAAAUCCAAAAACCACUUUGCCAUUCUCAGACAUCUACAUAGGGGGGGUUCCCUCACACAUUCUUCACAACAGGCCUGAGUUGUCUGCUGUGGUUAACCUCAAAGGUUGUGUCAAAGGUUUCUUGUUCCAAAAAAAAGACUUCAACCUGUUAGAGCAGCCUGGGACCAUAGGCGUCAGUAGUGGCUGUCCUGAGGAGUCUUUUGCAUCACACAAAGCCUAUUUCACGGGCGAAAGCUACCUCGGAUCCUCUGCAAAGAUUUCCCCCUUUGACAAAUUUGAAGGUGGCCUCAACUUUAAAACAUUACAACCUAAUGGACUCCUGUUGUACCACGAGGAUGGGCCUGAUGAAUUCAGCAUUUCGCUUGAGAAUGGAGCAGUGGUGAUGAACACACGUGGAACAAGAGUUAGAUCGCAUAAAAAACAGUAUAAUGAUGGAAAGAGUCAUUUCUUAUUGGCCUCGGUGAACCAAACGACGUAUCUAUUGUUGGUGGAUGAUAAAGACAAGCAGGAGAAGAAACGCCCUGCAUCGGUCACUACAUCCUCCUCAGUUUCUUCUCUGAAGAGCUUCUACUACGGGGGGUCUCCAAACAACAGCUUCAAGAAUUUAACAGGCUGCAUCAGCUAUGCCUACAUAAACAGACAGGACCGAGACAUCGAGCCAGAGGACUUUCAGCGCUACACGAACAAUGUUCAUACUUUCCUUCAAGACUGUCCAGUACAAGAGACUCCUGUUGCUCUCUUAUCAAAGCUCAAGGAUGACAAACAUAAACUGAAACAGAGGCAAUCACAAAAGGUCAGCAGAGAUGAGUCCGGCCAGAAAUCAUUGAACCUGAACAUUGCUUCUUGCCAACUGUCCUCAAGUCCUGAAGCAACCCAGCAUGCCUAUCAAUAUGGCAGCUUCGCCAACAGUAGACAGCACUACAGAGAGCUCCCAGAAUCAUUUUCUGAGAGGUCCAACUUUUCCUUAUCCCUGAAGACCAAGUCAUCAUUUGGCCUAAUUUUUUAUGUAUCUGAUUCUCAAGAAGAAAAUUUUAUGGCUCUGUUCCUGGCCAACGGUAAACUUGUAUAUACCUUCAAAGUGGCAGAUGAACGAGUCGAAAUGUGGAGCAAGGAAAAUUACAACACUGGCGCAUGGCAUGAGGUACUUUUUAUCCGCAAUGGGAAUAUGGGAAAACUAAUAGUUAUGGGGCGCACAGCACUGGAAGACAGAGUUGAAGGCAACAGCUCAUUUCAUGUCAGCAGUCCUCUCUAUUUUGGUGGAGUGCCUUCAGGGCGAGCGCGAAAAAAUAUUCAGAGUAAUUCACUCAACAGCUUUUCUGGCUGUUUGAAGAACAUUCUGUUGAACGGACAGAGGUUAUCAUCUGUAGAUGAGACAUUUGGGGUCACUCCAUGUUUUGAGGGAUUGACUGAAGUAGGAACAUUCUUUGCAAAGGAAGGAGGCUACAUACUUUUGGAUACAUUUGACUUGGGACCCACAUUUCAGCUGGCGAUGGAGGUGCGGCCCCGCAUUGCAUCCGGUGUGUUGCUACAUGUGCGCAUAGCAGAAGGUUACUUCACAAUGUACAUUCAUCAAGGAACAGUGGUGGUGAUUGUAAGUGAUGGGACACAUGAGUUAUUCACAAGUGUUUCUCCAAAACACAGUCUCUGCGCUAGAAACUGGCAUAAAAUCACCGUGAUGAGAGAUAGCAACAUUCUCCAGUUGGAUGUGGACGACGAGGUCAAUCAUGUGGAUGGAUUUCUCAAUCUUCACUCGGCAAUCACCAAAAGGCCUAUUUUCAUUGGCGGAGCUCCAGGCCUCUACCUCUCAGACAGCCAUGUCACCAAGGAGCCUUAUGUAGGCUGCAUUAGGAACAUGAUGCUCAACAGCAGCAGAGUGAGGUUCAACAAAGCAGCUCUAGUCAGUGGAGCAGUCAGUCUCGGGACAUGUCCAGCCGUGUAAUAACCAAUACCAAUACUAAAUGUAUAAUCAUUAAAGCCAAUCACUGUCCUUAUAUUUACUCUCUGUAUGGUAAAGGUAUAUGUUUGUAUUAAAGAAAUGUGCAACAAGUUUAAAAAUAACACUAAUAACUCAUUCAUCACCCUAAACUCAAAGGAAAAAAUACUCUGCCCCUCUACUUCUUUUAUUAAAAUCCAAGUGCAUUGAGUGCUUUUACAAAAUACACACAUUAUAUUAAAGUCACGUAAGGUUUUAAACCAUUUUCAUCUUUCGCUGUUGCCAUUUCUACAAACCCGUUUCCAUAUGAUUUGGGAAAUUGUGUUAGAUGUCAAAAUAAACGGAAUGCAAUGAUUUGCAAAUCUUUUUCAACCCAUAUUCAGUUGAAUGUGCUACAAAGAAAACAUAUUUGAUGUUCAAACUGCUAAACUUUUUUUUUUUUUGGAAAUAAUCAUUAACUUUAGAAUUUGAUGCCAGCAACAUGUGACAAAGAAGUUGGGAAAGGUGGCAAUAAAUACUGAUAAAGUUGAGGAAUGCUCAUCAAACACCUAUUUGGAACAUCCCACAGGUGUGCAGGCUAAUUGGGAACAGAUGGGUGCCAUGAUUGGGUAUAAAAAAAGCUUCCCAGAAAAUGCUCAGUCUCUCACAAGAAAGGAUGGGGCGAGGUACACCCCUUUGUCCACAACUGCGUGAGCAAAUAAUUAAACAGUUUAAGAACAACGUUUCUCAAAGUGCAAUUGCAAGAAAUUUAGAGAUUUCAACAUCUACGGUCCAUAAUAUCAUCAAAAAGUUCAGAGAAUCUGGAGAAAGCACUCCACUUAAGCGGCAUGGCCAGAAGCCAUCAUUGAAUGACUGUGACCUUCAUCCCUCAGACGGCACUGUAUCAAAAACCGACAUCAAUCAUCAGGAUAUCACCACAUGGACUCAGGAACGCUUCAGAAAGCCACUGUCACUAAAUACAGUUUGUCGCUACAUCUGUAAGUGCAAGUUAAAGCUAUACUAUGCAAAGCGAAAGCCAUUUAUCAACAACAUGGGCCCGAGAUUAUCUAAAAUGGACUGAUGCAAAGUGGAAAAGUGUUCUGUGGUCUGACAAGUCCACAUUUCAAAUUGUUUUUGGAAAUAUUUGACAUCGUGUCAUCCGGACCAAAGGGGAAGCGAACCAUCCAAACUGUUAUUGACGCAAAGUUCAAAAGCCAGCAUCUGUGAUGGUAUGGCGGUGCAUUACUGCCCAAGGCAUGGGUAACUUACACAUCUGUGAAGGCACAGUUAAUGCUGAAAGGUACAUACAGGUUUUGGAACAACAUAUGCUGCCAUCUAAGCGUCGUCUUUUUCAUGGACACCCUUGCUUAUUUCAGCAAGACAAUGCCAAGCCACAUUCAGCAAGUGUUACAACAGCGUGGCUUCGUAAAAAAAAGAGUGCGGGUACUUUCCUGGCCCGCCUGCAGUUUAGACCUGUCUCCCAUGGAAAAUGUGUGGCGCAUUAUGAAGCGUAAAAUACGACAGCGGAGAUCCCGAACUGUUGAACGACUGAAGCUCUACAUAAAACAAGAAUUGGAAAGAAUUCCACUUUCAAAGCUUCAACAAUUAGUUUCCUCAGUUCCCAAACGUUUAUUGAGUGUUGUUAAAAGAAAAGGUGAUGUAACACAGUGGUGAACAUGCCCUGCCACUACUCUGGCACGUGUUGUAGCCAUGAAAUUCUAAGUUAAUUAUUAUUUGCAAAAAAAAAAUAAGUUUAUGAGUUUGAACAUCAAAUAUCUUGUCUUUGUAAUGCAUUCAAUUGAAUAUGGGUUGAAAACGAUUUGCAAAUAUAUUCUGUUUUUAUUUACCUGUAACACAAUGUCCCAACUCAUGGAAACGGGGUUUGUAAGACCGCCCACAAAACGGCGCAUCCUGCAGCAGCUUGAAGAUGAUCUGUAAAACAUAAUUUUUUCAACAUCUUUUCUGUCUUGCCUCAGGUGAGGGCAGUUGCAUUUUUUUCUCCUUCCGUCUUGUCUUUGCUUGCUCUUUUUGUAUUCUGCUGUUGUUUUUUCCUGGUUAGCUUAGCAGAUAGCUAACAUGAUAUAAUCAUUGAUGGAAAAAAGAGUCCCAAGCGUCCGGAGUGUAGUUUAGGUCUUUUUAGUGAAGGAUCAAUCGCAUAUUUUGUAAAACUGUGAACGAAAACACAAACAAACAUUUUACAUUCAGCAUAUGUCUAUAUACAACAUGGCUAUAUAAACCAAUAUAGAAGUCUGCUAUGUAACCUAUUUAGCAUCCAAACCAACAAAAUGCUGCCAGUAAUUAGCUUUCAACAAUGGGCACAAAUAUCUUACUAAAGCAGUCUUAAACUAAAAAUGCACAAAGAAUGUGUCACAAUAUACAUAUGCAUGUUGCAUUCCCAUAAACUUACAGGUUUAGAACUUCAAAGUUGAAAAGAAAGCUGAAAGCCUGCAGUAAAAGUGCUGUUUGUUUGAAAUCUACUCUCUGAAAAACACCCACACUAAGCUGCCUACGGCAAGACAGUAGGGUCAAAAUAUAACACAAACUGCAAAACUGAUUUCCACCACUAGGUGUCUUAGAUAAUAACAUUGUGGGGCAUAACACUUUGUCUUGUCUUGUCUAAACUUGUUUUUGAAGCAUCAUUGUUUGCGCUGUCCUCCAAAUCUAAACAUCAGACAUGGAAUUGUAUUAGCUGGACUCUUGACUCAAUUGACAAAAUCUUUUCGACGAGGAAAAGAGGUUCAGGGGAGCCUGGCUGCCCUGAUGGAACUAUUGCGGGGUUCGUGUUAGAUUCCUGGGACAAAUGGAAAAUCACGUGCCUCUCAGUCCUUUCCAUCGAGGACGCGGAAGACAUCUACCUAUUUGGAACCAUAAUCGUGGGGUACCUGCAGAUUGGGCUGGGAAUUGAUCUGGUGUAUUGUAAAAUUUGUAAGACGAUGGCAGCCACUCAAGGAGCCCUAAGGCUGUUUGUCGCAAUUGAAGGUUUUGGCCGGUCUGUGGGAUCACAGUCUGGGGCGGUUUCUGAACUGAAUCUCAAGAUGGAUCACAUCAUGCCUUGAAGGAGCAACAAGAGCAGGCUGUUCUGUAAACAUCCCUGAGGACUCCUCAAAGAUGGAUGCUUUUGACCUCUCUCCCUCCUCAACGACACCUGGAAGUCGGACUUUGCUUGCGUUGCAUGCGGUACGGCCCCGGGCCCAUGGACACAACACCACUUCACCCAAAGACAAUGGGCAUAGUCACAAACACACUCCCCACGCCUUCACCCCCGCUUGAUUCUCCUUCGGGGGGUGAUGGACGGCUGAGUAGCGAGCAGGGCGGCCUCCAGGGCCCCAAUUCCCCCCCCCUGUUGCAAGUUGUUGUGAUUAUAUGUAACAUGUUUCUGUGUGCUAUGACAAAUUAGUUUUUUUCCCUUGGACUCAGUCUGGACCCCCUACUGAGGGUCCUGCCUUUGACUGAUAUUUCGUACUCUUCCCCCUCUCCCAAUAUCACCAAUUUCCUCCCAUUUUUAAGGAGCGCUGUAAGUGGCUGAUCCGUUGCCGGUCCUGUCUUGUUUCCCUGUAACGUUUGUCUGCGCUUAGUGGGACUGUGCCAAAAAUGUAAUGUCAGUUUUUAUGUGUCUUGUACAUGUUAAGAAUGGACAAUAAUAAAGCAUCCUAAUAAUCUA